AUGCCUGAAACGAAUACUGCUACAUGGAAUACGAUGAUUGAUGGCUAUGCAAGAUUGGGGGAUGUAGAGGCUGCAGAGCAACUGUUCAAUGACGUGCCUAUAAAAGAUCUAUUGUCAUCGACAACAAUAAUCACUUGCUACGGGCAAAAUAAGCAGUAUACCAAAGGAUUGGCAGUCUUUAAAGAAAUGAAGGCUAACGGGGUUAAGCCUGAUGAAGUGACUAGGGCAACUGUUAUUUCGGUGUGUGCCCAUAUUGGAGUGCUUGACCUAGGAAACCAAACACACCUUUAUGUUAUUCAUAAUGGGUUUGAUCUUGAUGUUUAUAUUGGGUCUGCUUUGAUUGAUAUGUAUAUAAAGUGUGGGAGCAAGGAUAGAUCACUCGUGGCAUUCCUCAAAUUGCGGAACAAAAACCUUUUCUGUUGGAAUUCUGUAAUUGAAAAGCUUGCUGUUCAUGGAUACACAGAAGAAGCAUUGGCAAUGUUUAACAGAAUGGAGAACGAAAAGAUGAAGCCAAAUGGUGUUACUAUUGCUGGUUUUCUGGAAGAUGCUUUAGAGUUAAUCGGAAAUAUGAGAAUGGAACCAAAUUCUGUUAUUUGGGGUGCUUUACUAGGUGGUUGUAAGCUUCACAAGAACUUGGAGAUUGAUCAAGUUGCAGUGGAUAAGUUAGUGGUUUUGGAGCCAAAUAAUAGUGGAUAUCACACCCUUUUAGUUAACAUUUGGAUUGAAAUAGGAAGGAAGAUUCAUCAGUUUGCUGCUUCUGAUAGAUAUCAGCCCGCCUCUGUUGAAAUUUACUCACUUAUGAAUGAGUUAGACGAGCUGCUUAAACUAGCUGGCUAUGCUACUGAAUUAUUUCAUUAA